UUAUUAAAAUUGCAAUAAAUAUUGUUGUUCUCGAUUCUUUCAUGGCUAUAAAAUUGCAAAUCCAACCCAUGUUUAGGGUUCCGAGUCCUUACAUUUAAUCCUCGUCUUCUUCGAAGCUUCAUUUAUUGGGGACACUAAUGAUAUAACGUGGUUGAUCUUCCUGAGAUUUUGGCCAUGAGCUGGAAUGAUAGUUGUUGUUCUUGAUCUUGAUCUUGAUCUGACCCAAUUUUGGUGGGUUGGUGGGGCUGCGAGAGACGCUGGUUUUUGUUUAUGGAUUUGGAUUUGGAGAGUGAGUGUUCGGUUCUUGAAUCCGAGGAAGAUAAUGAAGUAACCCAAGAAAGAAUGGCCCGUGAGGAUGACAAUGAGAUAAAGAAUAAUGGGUCUUGUCGCGUUGAGAUUGAUAAGUUGGUUUCUCCUGAAAGUUCUAAUGCCAAUGCGUUGCGGGUUGAUACGAAAAGAGAGGAUGUUGAAAGUGAACAGCCUGCAGAUUCGCCUCCGUUUGAUGCCAAUUCUCCUGGUGGGGGCUCACCCUCGAGGACAAAAGGAUAUGGAUUGAAGAAGUGGAGGAGAAUUAGGAGAGAGUUUGUUAAGGAUGUGAGUGCAAGUAUAGACACUAGUAAGAUUCUGAAGCGGGGUCUGUCUGGUUCCACAAAUCCAACUAAAGCUCAGCAUCAUUUUCCCCUUGAAAUGAAUCAAAAUAGUGAGGGUUCCAUAGGAUCUGCAAAUGUGUCAACUGUGGGAGUAGCUGACAGGUUUGUAAUCCAUGGUUCUAGUUCAGAUUCUAGGUUUGCAUUUGGGUCUGCUUUGGCUGCAGGUACAGAUUCUGAGAACAGCGAGGACCGGAGUAGCAAGUCUUCCACAGCAGCUAGUGCUCCAAAGGUGAGGCAUGAUCUGCUUGCAGUGUCGGGGCAUGUACGAGAGAAGAGCAGGACUAAGAAUAGUGGUGGCAAGAGUUUGGGUAAUUCAGCUCAAAAGGGUCAGCAGGGAAAGGGACGGACUGAAGGCAGUAAGAAGCCUAGAGGAGAAAGGGUCAAAAUCGAGAAGGAGAACUCUCAUUCCAGCAUGGAAUCUGACUCAAGAAGCUCCAAUUUUGUCUUUAUGCAGGGUGAUUUUACUGCAACUAGUAAUGGAAAGCAAACCGAAAGGUCAAUGAAGUAUGACAGGGAGAAUAGUGAUGAAGCUCUUGCGAGUGAACGGUUUAGUGAAGAAGUUCAAAUUGGUUACAGCAAAGACAAUGUGGGAGAGAUCGAAGAUCUUUUACAAGAUGAUUUAGCUGCAGACUUGUCUUGGCAAGUUAAGGAAGAGAAAAGUGAGAACCAUCGGCCUUCAAUAGAUCGGGAUCCAAUGGUUGAGUCUAUCUUUAGCCUCCAGUCUCUGCAAGAAGCACUGCAAAAAGAAGUUCAAAAACUUAAGGAGGUCGGAAAGGAGCUUCCAUCAUCGCAUGACAGCUCAACCAACGGUAAUAGUACACCAGCAGAUUUCACUCCUACCGACCCGGAGAACUACAUACCAGGGUCGUCUGACAAGCUGGGCUCUGAAAAGAUUAGACAAACUACUUUGACUUCCUUGGAAACCCAAGUAUUAAACUUGAAAAAGAAUGUAAAAUUUUUGGAAAGUAAAUUGAAGGAGACGGGGGCUAUGGUUGAGGUGAAGGACUUCAGGAUCGUGGAACUCGAAGCCAUUAUAAACAGUAGCAAGUCACCAAAGGAAGAAUCGGGUAGCACUAUAGGCUUACAGGAGGAAAAAUGUAGAGAGAUGGAGACUGAGCUUGAGGGUCUCUUCAAGCAAAAGAUUGAAGCUGAGGUUGAGUUCUUGGCAAUAAGAAGGACGAUACAGAACAUGAAGGUUGCUGCGGGUGAUCAAUUGACGCUCUUAGAAGAGCGAAAUGCUCUGGUUCUGAACAAACUUGGAGAAGCAGAAAGCAAGGCCACGGUGCUUAAAAAAGAAGCAGAGGAAGAAAAGUAUUGUGGAGAUAUGAUAGGGACUGAAGAGGUUCUGAAGAUGCAGAGGAGGGUGUGUAAGAUUACAUCCUGUUUUUUCAUACAAUUUAUAUUCCUUGUUAUGGUGUUUUGGCUUUUUGUCUUGCAGUUAUCGCCCCGUUCUGGGAUGGUUGUACCCACAUAAGUCUGAGAACAGGAGGUCCUUUUUUUGUGUAAUCUUAAAAUAUAUAGAAUUUCAUUUCUAUUCUGCAGAACUUUUUUCAUCUUCCUUGCUAGGGUUGGGUAGGCGCGGUUGUAAAUUAUUAUUCUUUUUUAUGUCAAAUUGUGCACAUUUGUAA